AUGCCUCACCCAUUGAGCGAGACGCUCUCCCUAACUGUAUUAUUGGUGGCUGGAUGGCUCUUCCUGCGCCGUCGUCGACACCGCACUGUCCUCGAUAAUAUUCCAGGCCCCCAGGCCCGCUCGUGGACUACAGGAUCCCUAGACGACAUUUGGAACCGCAGAGGAUGGGAUUAUCACCGGAAGAUUGCGGAGACCUAUGGUAGCAUCUUGCGUGUCAAGGGCCUCUUUGGCGCCAACGAUCUCUACAUCUUCGACCCCAAGGCACUCCAACACAUCCUUAUCAAAGGUCAAGAUAUAUUCGAAGAAACAGAGACUUUCCUCGAGACCAACAAGAUCAUAUACGGGGAUGGAAUCUUUACUACCCUCGGUGACCGCCACCAUCACCAGCGCAAGAUGCUCAAUUCCAUAUUUUCUAUUGCCCAUCUGCGCGAAAUGGUUCCAAUCUUCUAUGGAGUUACGUCUAGGCUUCGGAAGACCUUUUCUACAUUGACACAGAGCGGACCGGCCGAGGUUGACAUCCUAGUGUGGACGACUCGCCUCUCUCUGGAACUUAUUGGUCAGGCAGGGCUAGGGUAUACUUUUGACGAUCUCGAACAAGGUUCUGUUCCACAUGCUUAUGGCCUGGCUUCCAAAGAACUACUUCCUCUGGUCGCUGAGGCGAGUGCCCUCAUGCGUAACCCCUUGGUACCCUAUAUUGCACGUAUGGGACCCCCUCGCUUCCGGCGCUUCCUCGUCGAUUGGCUACCUAUUAAACAAAUUCAUCGUGUGCGAAACAUCGUCGAUACCCUUCACAAUACUUCGGUAGAAAUCUAUGAAGCCAAGAAGCAAGCUCUCGAGCAAGGCGAUGCCGCAUUGGCGGCCCAGAGUGGAGGAGGAAAAGAUAUUAUCACCAACCUUAUGAAGGCUAAUCUUCGCACGUCGGACGAUGAUAAGCUUUCAGAAAAGGAGAUUUUAGGGCAAAUCACCUCCUUGACAUUCGCCGCCACAGACACAACAUCGAGCGCGCUUUGUCGAACAAUACAUCUUCUUUCAAUCCACAAAGACGUUCAAAAAAGGCUUCGAGAAGAAAUCCGGAGUGCUCGGGAUUCCGCAGGUGGUGAAGACCUAAGCUACGACACCUUCAUGUCUCUUCCCUAUCUGGAUGCCAUUUGCAAGGAGACGCUUCGUUUGUAUCCUCCCAUCGCCACUUUCAUGAGAAAUGCGCGACAAGAUGCCAUAUUGCCUCUCUCAGCCCCAAUUAAGGGGAUCGACGGCACUGACUUUCACGAGAUACAUGUCCCGAAGGGGACGGACGUCUUCGUCUCCGUUAUUUCGUCAAACCGGAAUCCUCAGGUCUGGGGUCCUGAUGCAUAUGAGUGGAAUCCCGAACGAUGGCUUCAACCCCUCCCAGAAUCAGUGCUAAAUGCACGCAUUCCGGGCGUUCUCCCUCAUCUGCUGACAUUUUUCGCUGGCGGUAGAUCUUGCAUUGGGUUUAAGUUCGCGCAGCUGGAGAUGAAGGUUGUGCUCACACUCCUCGUGGAAGGCUUCGAGUUCUCUCCUUCUGUCGACAAAGACAUUGUCUGGCAGAUGACCAGUAUAACUACGCCGAAUCUCGACUUCGAAAGCACUGUACCAACUCUCCCUAUCAUAAUCACUCGUGCAGCCUGA